CCCGGCUCCGCGAACCCUAACGCCCGACCCCACCGGCUGCCGAAUUUCUACGGGAUACAGCUUCACGUGACGUCAUUCCCCUUCCAGUUAACCACGGGGGGGGGGUCGAACUACAAUUCCCGGCAUCUCUAUCGCCUCGGCAAACAAGCCGGCCACCGUUGCCUUGGAAACCGCGCCGGGCCGGCUAGGCCUCGCUAGGCCGCUGGGCGAAGUGUGGGGGGGAAGGAGGCGGGACUCGCCGCUCCCCGGAAGAGGAGGAGCCCGAGUGGGCGGGACCGGCUGCCCCCUUUACUACCCGCCCCCCGCCCGCCCCUUCCUCAGGGUCGCAGCCGCUCCGUGAGGAGAUCGACGAGGCCUGCCUGUCUCGCGGGGCGGAGGGGCGCCUGGGCAGCCCGAGCGGAAACUAAAAUGUCUUCAUGGCCCAAAGUAACCACAGAUCAAGCACAAACAUCCGAUCCUGAAAAAAGGCAGAGACCGGGGUGGAUUCCUCGACUUCUGGACAUCAAUCCUUACAAAUCCAUUCAGAAGAGUUCUUACUCUCCCCCAGAUGGUUAUCCAAAGGAUCAUGAGGAUGGUAACAGCUUUGAAGAACUUUUUGGGCAGCAGUAUCAUCCUUCAACAGAGAAUGAAGAUAAUUAUGAGAGACACCAGUACCCUCAGAAAGAUGACAGCCACACCAAGGAUGCUCAUCGCGAUAAAUUGUACCUGCAGUUUUACCAGCAGAUAGAGAAGGAAUACAACAGACAAAGACCUUCGGACUGUGUCAUCGUUUCCAUCAGCAAGGACCAAGCAUAUAACUUGAAUAUCAACAUAAAUAAUGUGGUUAGUGGUUUAAGGGAAUAUUCAACAGCCAUAGGCCAUCGGUUGCAGGAUCAUGGCCUUGUGGUGGAAAUGAUAUACCUUACUUCUGAAUCAGGUCUUACACGUGCCCUCCAGGAAGUUAAAAACGAUGGUUCUCCAUUUUGCGUUCUUGUUGAACCAUCUAAUGUAACACUUUCCUCAUGCACCGUAAUCAUGCUUCAUCAGACUAUCAAAAUCCACCGUAAUAUGCCCAUGGAAGAUGCCCUGGCUCUGAUAGCUAAAGAGUUUGAGGAAAUUUUUGCUGAGCAUGAACAACAGCAGCGCACAGAGAUUUCCCACAAAGCAGCUGAUCUGGCGGAUGGCUUUCUAGAACGGGAGCUUUAUGAGAGUUACCAUGUGCCUCUAGGCAUUAGACACCUCCUCUUUGUGUUAAGUGAGGGAAAGCAUUUAUAUAUGGAAGAAUUGAACUCAAUAAGUGACUACCUGAAGACCAGGAGAAAUAAGCUUGAAGGUUUUGUUUCAGAAGCGAAUACUUUAGCCGCCGCAGGUGAAGACGGCGAGUACCCGAAUGCCAGGCCAAGCGGGAGCGCCCUCCCCCCGACGCUGAGCAAGCCACCACCCCUGCUGCCAACCCCUGGUCGAUCUCCUGCAUUAGGGCAAUCUGCUGCGCCCUCGCCUAAGCCAGCUUUGUUGGGCAAGAGACCGUUGGGGGCUCUUCUUCCCACUCCAGUCGUGCCGGCUGGCCCGAAGGGGAAACCACCUCCACUUCUCACAAAGAUCAUCCAAAGACCGAUGCACCUAGCUCCUCCACAUCUCCCUGCAAAGCGACCACUGCUCGGGGGUAGACCUGGCCUGCUACCCACACCUACCUACAGACUUCCCAGGUGAGACUGUCUUCAACUCUGUGGCUGGAUUCACACCCGAACUUCGUCAAGAGAAAGGACCAUUUGCUUUGGAGUAAAUUUUCUACCGUUCAGAUAUGACCACAAGAUGCCAAAAUGCAGCAGCAAAACCAUCUAUUUUCAGUAGCAUAAUUUUCUGCCCCUUGCCAAAAACAAGGCAAACUCUUGCACUUCACUCUCAACCCUAACGGAAAAAAUAAAGAAACCAAAGUAGCAUCUCUGGAGACCUUCAGAAGACGCGGCAAUUAAAAACUGAGGGUUCCCAAGGAAAAUGGUCUUCCUGUGUUUUUAAAGAUAACCAAAUCUGUAAAGGAGAAUAUUUGUAGCUCAGGGCUCAAACGAGGAGUCCUUGGUACUCUCUGAGCUUGGCUGUUUUCUUGCAGACCUCUCAUCACUCAAACUAGGUAACAUCAUCAGUGCUAGUAAGGAACGGGAGCAUCCGAAUGUAAAUCAGGUGACCAUGGGGAUGCUGCAACGGGUCCUAAGUGUGAAAGACAGUCGUAAGUCCCUUUUUCCAGAGUGCCGUUGUAACUUUGAAUGGUCUCUAAAUGAACUGCUUUAAGUCGAGGACUACCUGUAUCGCAGUUUUAAGAAGAGGCAAAAUGAAGGCCACCGGAUUCUCCCCACCCACAUCUGUGAUGCAGAUCUACCCUUUCUCAACCUUCAUGUCAGAAGGUUCAGAGACGGUUUAAUGUCCAGGGUUCCAGGUAACAUACCCGUGCCAAAUAAAACUCUGAGGCAGGUGGAUUCUUCAAAGCAUAGUUUUAUUGGAUAUAUCAUAUUGGCACAAGCUGUGAAAACUUACUCUGAAUGUUCCCGCAGUUUUCACCUAGUUAAAAGUAAAAGUUUUCUCCCUUCCCCAAACAAUCAGUCACACGAUCCAAUCAAGGUGCUAUCUGGUUUCCUGGUGACAUUGCUUCUCCUUCCUCCGGCCAGGUGUGAGAAUGUCCUUGGUUCCCAAGAGAAAGUAUUUUGUUUUGACUACACAACCCCCAGCUAUCUCUAAUCCCCCCUCCCUAUCCCUUAUCUCUAGUGUGGCAACACUCAAGAUCCAAGAUGGCUUUGUCAGGUCAGUUUCAGGGUUGAUACUUCAAAAAUCCAGGAAGGUCCAUUGGUCUCCAUCUCCGCUUCCCAUGAGGGCCAAGAAACCGCCAAUAAAAAGAAUCUAGUUGGAUAGCAGUUCUUUCAGUCUGGAAGCUCCACAUAAUCUUAAUUACUUAAUUGCCAUCAAGAGUCAUCUCUUUUUUUUUUCUAAUUCUUUUUUAAAAGGCCUCGCCGCCUUUCCGGGUAACAAAUCCCAUGCAUUAAUUUUGCAUGAAGGGGAACUUUCUUUAGUACUUCCUGUGGAGAAAAGAUUUCUCUCUCUCUCUCUCUCUCUCUCUCUUUCUCUCUGUUUUACUCUCUCUUUCUUUCUGUCUUUCUCUUUCUGUCUUUCUCGUUCUGUCUUUCUCUGUUCCUCUCUCUCUCUCUUUCUCUUUGUUUCUCUCUGUCUAUCUUUUUGUUUCUCUCUCUCUCUCUCUCUCUCUCUCUCUCUCUCUCUCUCUCUCUCUCUCCCUGUCUGUCUUUCUCUCCCAUGUAACAGCAGAGCGGGAAUGGGAGAAACUGAAGUAAAUUAUGAAUGAACAAGUAUUAGGAAUGGGUUGGGGGAGGACCUUUCGCAGAAUCCCAGAAGACACGCCUUGUCCCAGAUUCCUCUCUUGGCGUCUGCAUCAAGCAGAUCCCGGGAGCAAAGGCUGGCCAGGUUAUCGGGACCCUUGUUUGAAGUGGCUGAAGGCAGUACAGGGAGUUCUCGACUUAACAACCCUUUGUUUAGUAACCGUUUGAAGAGACAAGCACUGAAAAAAAGAGACUUGUGGCCUUUUUCACACUUAGGAUUGUUGUUGGCAUCCCCCUGGUCGCGUGAUCUGAAUUUAGACACUUGGCAACCGGCAUGUAUUGGUGAUGGUUGCAUUGUCCCGGGGUCAUGCCUUCCAUUGAGGACCUGUAUACGAUGAACUGCUUCUCAUCCUGAUUUCAUACGGGUGUCAUCCUGAACAUUGCCAGAUAGAUCUGUGGAAGAUGCCGAUCUAAACUUUAGGUUCUGACACAUACAUACGAUACAUGGAAUCUUCAACCUAUAGCAACAACAUUUAUAUACCGCUUCACAGUGCUUUACAGCCCUCUCUAAGCGGUUUACAGAGUCAGCCUAUUGCCACCCCCUCAACAAUCUGGGUCCUCAUUUUACCCACCUUGGAAGGAUGGAAGGCUGAGUCAACCUUGAGCCAGUCAAGAUUGAACUGCUGGCUAUGGGCAGAGCCUGCAAUGCUGCAUUGUACCACCACAGAAGGAAGGGAAGGGAAGGGAAGGGAAGGGAAGGGAAGGGAAGGAAAGGAAAGGAAAGGAAAGGAAAGGAAAGGAAAGGAAAGGAAAGGAAAGACUAGCAAUAGCACUUAGACUUAUAUACCACUUCACAGUGCUUUACAGCCCUCUAAGCGGUUUACAGAAUCAGCCUCUUGCCCCCAACAAUCUGGGUCCUCAUUUUACCCACCUUGGAAGGAUGGAAGGCUGAGUCAACCUUGAGCCAGUCAAGAUUGAACUGCUGGCUAUGGGCAGAGCCUGCAAUGCUGCAUUGUACCACCACAGAAGGAAGGGAAGGGAAGGGAAGGGAAGGGAAGGAAAGGAAAGGAAAGGAAAGGAAAGGAAAGGAAAGGAAAGGAAAGACUAGCAAUAGCACUUAGACUUAUAUACCACUUCACAGUGCUUUACAGCCCUCUAAGCGGUUUACAGAAUCAGCCUCUUGCCCCCAACAAUCUGGGUCCUCAUUUUACCCACCUUGGAAGGAUAGACGGCUGAGUCAACCUUGAGCCCCAUCAGGAUCAAACUCCUGGGAGUGAGCAGAGUUAGCCUGCAAUAGCAAUAGCACUUAGACUUAUAUACUGUUUCACAGCGCUUUCCAGCCCUCUCUAAGCGGUUUACAGAAUCAGCCUAUUGCCCCCAACAAUCUGGGUCCUCAUUUUAUCCACCUCGGAAGGAUGAAAGGUUGAGUCAACCUUCAGCCGGUGAGAUUCAAACUGCCGAAUGCAGCUAGCAGUCAGCUGAAGUAGCCUGCAAUACUGCACUCUAACCACUGCACCACCUCGGCCUCUUUACAGUAAUAGACACUGCUCAUUCCAGUUGCGUAUGUUGUGACGGUAAUAAAAUGGGUUGAUCAUGUGGCAAAACUUGAUUUUACAAUAUUUUUUUUUUUUUGCUAUCUUCUUUUAAGCAAAUGCGGCAAACAACAGUGUUAAACUAACAAUGCGGUUGUUAAGCAAACCCACUGUUUGAGCACGGUUUCGCCAAAGACUACAAGUAAAUUACAGUUUUUGGCAAAAACUGUCAUAAAAUACAGUCAGGUGACCAUGGGAUGCUGCAAACAGCCUUCAUGGGACUUUGUGGCCAAACGCCCAAAGUCCAGUCACAUGACCAGAGGUAGCAAUGGCAACCACUGGAUUUUCAGAACUGAGUCAUGGUUCCUUUUUUUUUUUUUACAACCAAUAGGUUGUAACUUCAAAGGGUUACAACUGGUCGUAGGUCAAAGACAACUGGUGAACUAUGUCUAUAAGGUUCUUAAAUCCUUAUGAUUUAUAUUGAUAUAUUGACCAUCAAUUGUGUUGUAAAUGUUGUACCUUGAUGAACGUAUCUUUUUCUUUUAUGUACACUGAGAGCAUAUGCACCAAGACAAAUUCCUUGUGUGUCCAAUCACACCUGGCCAAUAAAAAAUUCU